CUCCUCGUCGUCAACUGGGUUCUCAACUAUCUCUCCUCUAUCUGUGGAUCUCGAUCUCUCUCUCUCUCUCUCUGUUCCCCUCCCCUGCUCACCAUGGAUCGGGAGGAGAAAUGGGGGGUCUAUCUUCUCGCAGCCCUAUUACUCUCAUUGGCCUCUGCGACCGCCGCCUCCGAUCCCGGACGCCGUCGGAGCGUGAUCGAAGUGGAAGGAGAGCCGAGCUCGGUGGUGUGGGUGGUGCAGCUGUCGGACCUCCAUUUCAGCAUCUUCCACCCGGAAAGAGCCCGCGAUUUCAAGCGAUACGUACCCGCCGCCCUCGCCAUGAUCAACCCCUCUCUCGUCCUCGUCACCGGCGAUCUCACAGAUGGAAAAAGCAAAGAUUUGCUAACCAUGAAGCAAGAGGAGUCAGAAUGGAUCGAGUAUCAGAAUGUGAUUGAGGAUGUUGUUGAAAGGAGUGGGCUUAACGAGAAAAUUUUCUAUGAUGUUAGAGGGAAUCAUGAUAGUUUUGGCGUCCCGGAGGUUGGUGGUGCCUAUGACUUCUAUCAAAAGUAUGGCAUCAAUGCAGGAUUAAGACGGGAAGGGAAUGUCCAUAGCAUCACUUUACAGAAUAGUGGAUGGAAACAUCUUUUUGUUGGCUUUGAUAGCACAAUGGAGAUUGGCCUCCGUGGCCCAACAAAUCUGUUUGGACAUCCAACUGAUCGAUUACUUGCAGAUAUAGACAUGGAGCUUUCACAGUGGGAUGAUGAUAUAACGAACUCAGCAGUAACGAAGAUCGCCUUUGGGCACUUUCCUUUGUCUUUUUCAGCACUAACAGAUACAGGAAGAAGUCUGAAAGAUGUGUUUCUAAAUCAUUCAUUAUCGGCUUACCUCUGUGGGCAUCUCCAUACAAGGUUUGGGAAGAACCUAAAACGUCAUCAUCAAUCAGGCCAUCAUUUUCUGUCAUCUGGGACAUAUUAUCAGUUUAACAUUCACCAAGGAACUCUGGGUAAUGUAAAUAGUGAGAAAUGCUCCAAUGAAUCCAAAUCCACCAAUGAAUUUUGGGAGUGGGAGAUGGGUGAUUGGAGAAAGAGUAGAGCAAUGAGGAUAGUUGCAAUUGAUUCUGGCCAUGUCUCAUAUGUUGAUGUAGAUUUCAGGUUGGGAUCCAAGGAUACAAUAAUUUUACCUACUUUUCCUGUUGACUCACGCUUCAUGCAAAGGAUAUCAUCUUCCCAUGACUACAUAUGUCAAACUAAGAGAACUUUGUCUUAUGCAACAGUAAGAGCUCUGGUUUUCUCAAGAACUGAGAUUGUGACUGUUUUAGCAAAGGUUUAUGAUACUCGUUCUGGAAGUCUCAGUUUGGUACUAGACUCAACUAUGAGGAAGCUUGAGGGGAAUGGAACCAGGGGAGAUAUGUACACGGUCCCAUGGAAUUGGAGGGCAUUUGCUGAUCCAUCUCCAGAUCGUUAUUGGCUGCAAAUAGAAGCACUAGAUAUUUAUGGAAAAUCUAGUUAUAGCCAAUUAAUGCCGUUCUCUAUUAAUGGCCUAAAUAAAAAAGUUAGCUGGAAGUGGAAGGAGUUUUUUGUAAUGGGUUGUCAAUGGGCCUCCAUAUAUCAUCCUGUUCUCUGGUCUGUCCUUUCACUUCUCUUCUCAUUGCUUCUUAUUCCACAAGUUUUCCUUGCAUGUUCGAAGAAGUAUUACACUUACAAGUAUCUCAGCCCUGGCUUUAGUGGAAGGAGUCUAAGAGGAUGUUUAACUCGUGCAUGUUGGGUUUUGAUAGAGCUUCCAAAAAUGACUUUGAUAUGGUCAGGAAUUCUUCUGUAUGUUCUUUAUCUACUAUUAUUCCCUUGGUUUUUUGGGUAUGUUUUUACUGAAAGCCACAGCAUGGCAUACAUGACUUAUAGAGGUUGGGCUGUUCCACAAUUGAACAACAGCAGUGGACUUCCAUACAUUGGGGUACCUGAUGUCAUGGUUGUGGUUCUACCUCAUCUUUGCUUUGUGGUUUUGCCUACCAUUUUAGUUAUUGCUGCCAUGGCCGCAGAAAAAACAGCAUAUCGAACACAUUAUCUCUCACUGUCAGGGAAGAAAGAAGAUGAUCUAUAUAAAGAGAGCAAGAAACACAUGAGACAUGCCAGUUUUUGCAGUGGGUGUUGGAUGAGAAAACUCCUUUUGCUGGUCUGUUUGGUAAUAUUGUGGAAACAUUGGAAGCAUUGCAGAGCUCUGGUGAAGGCUUAUGACAUGAACCCUUUUCUUCAUUCCCCUCUAUAUUGCUUCACAAUCCCAGUGUUAUUAAUAUAUGCAAUCUACAGAACUUCAUCUAGAUGGAAUUUAUGAACAGAUUGGGAGGCUACCUAUUCUCAGUUAUUCUUAUAUGGUUAGAUUUCAAAGGUGAGCAUAUGGUCUUCAAAAUCAAAGUUCCUGGAGACAGUGGAAGAAGGGAGCAGCUGGCACCAGUCAAGUCAGCAUUUGGAUGCUUUUGACAAAUGUUGCACACAGUUCAUUGCUGAAGCCAUUUACGAAUUAAAGCAGUAGGUGAAGUGGGCCUAGAUCAUCUGUCAAAUUUCUUCUAUAGUCAUCUUGGCCGUGCGGAUUGGAGAAGGCCUUUCAUGCCAGGAGAAACAGUAGAAAGGUGAAUGAUUUACUGAAAAAAUUGAUAAUUUACAAGCACAGGAUUGUAACUAAUUUAAUUCCAGGCAGCUAACUUUUGUUUCUCACAUAUUAUUUAUUAAUAUAUAUAUUUUUUGAA